AUGUUCGCAGGUCGGGUGAGUUCUCUCUUCCUGGACACUUCAGAGAUCUGGUGGCAGGACCCAUCAUCCAUGGCAGGGGAGGAGACGUCCUGGGAUGUGGCAGAGAUGGCAACUCUGCAGAAAGCUGUGGAUGAGGACUCAGACCUGAGCCACCCAGAAGGGGACAGUGCAGAGGAGCUGGCUGUGCCUGACCCGGAGCUGGAGGCUAUCAAAGCCAAAGUGAGGGAGAUGGAGAAGGAGGAUGAGAGGCUGAAGGAGUUGCAGCUGGAAGCUGAGAACCACCUCAUCAUGAGCUCAGAAGCAGCUCUCUUCCCAAAGACAACCGAAGAGAAGAUGGAGGUUGACCAGCGAUCCAUCUAUGUGGGCAAUGUGGAUUAUGGAGGCACAGCAGAAGAGCUGGAGUCCCACUUCAACAGCUGUGGGCAGAUCAACCGAGUGACCAUCCUCUGUGACAGGUUCUCAGGGCAUCCCAAAGGGUAUGCCUACAUCGAGUUUGAGGAGAAGAGCUCAGUGAAGGCUGCGGUGGAGCUGGAUGAAAGUGUGUUCAGAGGCCGUGUCAUCAAGGUGCUCCCCAAGAGGACCAACAUGCCAGGCAUCAGCACCACCGACCGCGGGGGCUACCGGGGUCGCUUCCACCUCCGGGGAGGGUUGGCCCAGCGGGGAGGCUACUAUGGAGGGCAGUACCCAAGGGUGCGAGGGAGGACGUACAGGGGUCGGGCAAGGCUGCUGCCUUGGUAUUUUCCAUACUAG